UGCACACAAAAAUCGAUCUUUUUAUUUUUUAAAGUCCACCAUGACGACGUCGGUGAUCGCAACGAGGGGCCUAAAACCCGCCGAAUUUAGCGUCGGAGAGCAUGUUUUGUGCUUCGAACCUGAUCCCACUAAAGCGAGAGUUCUUUACGAUUCCAAAAUUUUGGAGGUGGAAUGGACCAAAGAUGAGGUCACCAACAAGAGAGUGCCAGAGUACUUGGUACAUUUCAAUGGUUGGAACAGCAGUUGGGAUCGUUGGGCCCCAGCACACUACAUCUUGAGAUACACAGACGAAAACCUGGAGCUGAAAGGGAAACUCCAUCGCCAGGCUCUGGCCAAAAUGGGUAAGAAGAAGAAAAAGAAGACACUGACUGAGUUGGUUGAGUUAGCAAGGAGGAGGAAAGCUGGUAAAGGUUCGGACUCUGACAUGAGUAGUGGUGUAGCUGACAGUGAUGAUAGCGACGACUCGUCCUCGGAACUGGAGGCUGUAGAGAUCCCCAUUCCCCUCCCUGAGGCACUCAAGAUGAAACUGGAAGAUGAUUGUUACUUCAUCACUCGGAAAAACCAGCUGGUGAAGUUACCUUGUGAGCACAACAUACUGACACUCAUGGAGGGCUACAUCAGACAUUUCGCCAUCAACGUCCAGAUUCAUGAGAAAAAGAAAAGUCAGUCGCAGAACGUCGUCAACACAGUGGCUAAAGAAGGGUUGGUGGUGCCACCACAACCAAAAUACAAUGUGGAUUUGUGUAAGGAAGUCAUGGACGGUCUACGCAUCAUUUUUGACUUUCUUCUCCCGACCAACUUGCUGUACAGCAUCGAAACAGAACAGUACAAGAAAAUUGUCACGUCUUGUUACGUAAAAGACAUGGCCCCCGAGCCUGAAACUCCCAGGUCGCCACCUAAAAGAGGUAGACCCAGAAAGCACAGCGUUACAUCCUCGCCUACGAAGGAACCAGCCAAGCCAGAUACCAAAGACUCCCCCGAGAAAUCCAAGGACGAAACUCUGAGGAGGGUCACAAGAAGACUUUCAACCAGCGAGCAGAUCACGCUAACAUCCCCUCUACCUCCUGUGAAGAGACGUUGCUCGGAUGCGGAUCAUCCACCAAGAUCCCCCUACCCUAAGAGACACUCGGUCGACACACCAAGUCACAACAAAGACAGCUCAGCAGUUACUAACACAACAACAUCCAAACCAGUGCUUCGUCAUUCCACAAGACUUUCCAGUGUUUCCUCCAUUCCGUCUUCUCCGACUCCGGAAACCCAACCGGAAGUUGCUCCAUUUAGUCGAUCAGAAUCGACGGAAUCCAACCAGUCUUCGUCAAACAAUGGCAAAGCGACCAAUCACAAUGGCAAGAACUUUGGGAUUAACGUAUGCGAUAUGAAACUCCCGUCUUGUAAACUUUUAGACGAUGAUGCUAAUUAUGAUGGAAGGAUGCCGCCUUGUAAGAUGUAUGGGGCUCAACAUCUUAUGAGACUCUUUGUCAAGCUUCCAGAGUUGCUUGGCAAGAUGGACCUCCCACCAAAGAAGCUCCGCCCACUUCUCAAACACAUCGAACUGUUCCUCAAGUAUCUUGCUCACCCAGAUCGACUGGAGGAGUUUUUUCCCGAGAGUGCUUACGUCAGCCCACAGGAAGCUUUGCAGCAGCCUAAGGAGACGUGACUGGGAACCACAAAGAGACAAGUCUAAGACAAUCAAACAGCAGUAAGACGAAAAAAUACGAGUUGCUUAAAGUUGGGAUUUGAAAAAUGAUGUUCCUGGUGGUGAAAUAGAAACAAGUAAUAUCAAAUUAAUAUCAGCUCAAAGUGUAUCGUUUCUCUUUAACCCUAACCUUCCCAACUCCAUCAAAAUCCAUCCUCCCAUUUGUGGGGAUUUUGGCAGACAAGCCAUG